AUGACAAGUUUGGAGAACCACACUGUGGCCGAGUUUCUUCUUCUGGGACUGCUGCAGCACACACCAGCUCACUUCUGUGUCUUCGUGCUCAUCUCCAUGAUGUUCUUCGUCACGCUGAUGGGAAACAGCCUCCUGAUCCUGCUGAUUCUGGUGGACCCCCUUCUGCACACUCCUAUGUACUUUUUCCUGUGGCAGCUCUCUCUCAUUGACAUCCUGUUCACAAUUGCCAUUGUCCCCAAGAUGAUGUCUGACUUCCUUCUGCACAAGACUGCCAUCUCUGUGUCUGGCUGUGGGACACAAAUCUUCCUGGGAUUGGCCUUGGGCGGAACUGAGUGCAUCCUUUUGGGACUCAUGUCCUAUGACCGAUAUGUGGCCAUCUGUAAGCCUCUCCACUACUUGCUGCACAUGAACUGGCCCCUCUGCAGGCAGAUGGCACUGAGCUCAUGGGUGAGUGGUGCUUUCAAUGCCUUGGUACACACUGUCUACACCAUGAACUUCCCUUUCUGUGGACCCAGAGAAAUCCAUCAUUUUUACUGUGAACUCCCUGGUGUCCUGAAGCUCUCUUGUGAGGACACCUUGGCAUAUGAGACGGGGGUGUUGAUCAGUACCACUAUUCUGCUUCUCAUUCCAUUCUCCGUCAUCCUUGCCUCCUACAUAUUCAUCCUGGUCACCAUCAUCCACAUGGCUUCUGCUGAGGGGAGGAAGAAAGCUUUCUCCACCUGCUCCUCUCACUUGGUGGUGGUCAGCCUAUACUAUGGAGCCAUCAUUUUCAUGUACAUGAGGCCAAUCUCUUCCCAUACUCCAGGCCAAGAUAAAGUUGUGUCUGUUUUCUACACCAUUGUGACACCAAUGCUGAACCCCUUGAUCUAUAGUCUUCGAAAUAAGGAUGUGGUGGGAGCCCUGAGAAAAACCCUAUGGAAGUGUUCAGCAUGUGGGAAAACGUGA